GCCGUCGCGCGCUGAUGAACGCAUCAAUCCUCAUUGCCACGUCUCUUCAGGGCAGCAGCGUUUACAGGCGCCGCUGCCGCGGCCACAGCGGGGAAAGGGCGACGCCGAGGGAAUUGGGAGGGCUGCGCUACGCCCCCUCCCCGGCCUGGCAGACUCCCCGGCCUGGCGGGCUGGUGGUGAAGGCGCCCCGCUCAUGGUGCUCUUGGAGAGGCGAUUCCUUAGUUCCUUUGAGGAUCUCAUCAACUUCAUUCAACCAUGACUUUCUGCCAAACUCAAGCCUAAGGACAACACAGUAAAAUUCAAUUGAAUCAAAUCCUUUAUUUCUUAUACCUAAUGGAUAGAUCUUGCCAAUAUUACAGUUGUAACACUCUACCUUAACAAAAAGUGAUUCUCGGAUGUGGCUACCCUGAACACCUAUCUAGCUCAGCACUGGACAGUUUCUUAAUUUGGGCUUCUUUCUGGAAUGUAUCAUGUCCUCCCUGCGAAAGCUCUGUGUUGCCAAGACUCCCCUCCACUGCUUCUCCAGGUAAAGGUAAAGGUUUCCCUCGCCCAUACGUGCUAGUCGUUGUCGACUCUAGGGGGCGGUGCUCAUUUCCGUUUCAAAGCUGAAGAGCCAGCGCUGUCCGAAGACAUCUCCGUGGUCAUGUGGCCGGCAUGACUCAACGCCAAAGGCGCACGGAACGCUGUUACCUUCCCACCAAGGUGAAUUGGGAAAUCGUUACAUAAGAAUCAGGGCAAAAAGUGCCAGAGGUGGAAGAGGUGGAUUGCUUCCUGGUCAUGCCCGGUGGAAGGAGGGGACCCAGCCGGCAGCAACUAAGCCGUUCAGCUUUGCCUUCUCUUCAGACAUUAGUUGGUGGGAACUGUGGCAACGGAACAGGUCUCAGAAAUAGGAAUGGUAGUACUCUCAGUCUUUCUGCUCCUCCUAUCACUGCCCUGAUUACUCCUGAGCCUGUGAGGCACUGCCGAAUCCCAGAGCUCCCUGUGGAUGGAAACCUUCUAUUUGAAUUCCUCUUUUUCAUCUACUUGCUGGUGUCUCUUUUCAUUCAAUAUAUAAAUAUUUACAAGACCGUCUGGUGGUAUCCAUAUAACCACCCUGCCUCCUGUACAUCACUGAACUUUCACCUCAUUGAUUAUCACCUGGCUGCAUUCAUCACAGUGAUGUUGGCACGGAGGCUUGUAUGGGCCCUCAUCUCUGAGGCCUCGCAGGUCGGUACUUCUUCAAUGAUUCACGAUAUGGCAUUGAUUCUGGCACGUCUAGUUCUACUCACCUUUUGUGUAUGGGUGCUCUGCUGGACUCUGGUCAACCUUUUCCGCAGCCAUUCUGUCCUCAAUCUCCUCUUCCUUGGCUACCCGUUUGGUGUCUAUGUUCCAUUGUGCUGCUUCCACCAAGAUAGUAGAAAUCAGCCUCUUUCAACAGACUGCAGCUAUUUAGUGCAGGAUCAACUAGUGGAUGAUAGUGCCUCAGGGGUUGGCAGUCUUGUGAAGCCCAAAGAUUUAUUUUCUCUCCUGAGAGAAUCCGUCAAAGAACAGUUCAACCCCUCUGUGACCACUCCGACGCACAGCUGUCCCUUGUCCCCAGAUCUCAUUCGCAAUGAAGUGGAGGGCCUCAAAGCAGAUUUUAACCGCCGAAUCAAGGAAGUUCUGUUCAAUUCCCUCUUCAGUGCCUACUAUGUGGCAUUUCUGCCGCUGUGCUUUGUGAAGAGCACUCAGUAUUACGAUAUGCGCUGGUCAUGUGAGCACCUCAUCAUGGUUUGGAUCAAUGCUUUUGUCAUGCUCACCACACAACUGCUUCCUCCCAAGUAUUGUGACUUGCUACACAGAUCAGCUGCUCACUUGGGCAAGUGGCAGAAGCUGGAACAUGGUUCAUAUAGUAAUGCCCCUCAACACAUUUGGUCUGAGAGCACAAUAUGGCCACAAGGAGUGCUGGUACGGCAUAGUCGAUGCUUAUAUAAAGCAGUGGGACCUUAUAACGUAGCUGUGCCUUCAGAUGUCUCUCAUGCUCGCUUUUAUUUCCUCUUCCACCAUCCCUUACGGCUUCUCAAUCUGCUGAUUCUCAUAGAAGGCAGUGUGGUCUGUUAUCAACUCUACUCCCUGCUUCGUUCAGAGAAGUGGAACCAUACACUCUCCAUGGCCCUGAUACUCUUCUGUAACUACUAUGUCUUAUUUAAACUCCUGAGGGACCGAAUAGUAUUGGGCAAGGCCUAUUCUUAUCCACUCAACAGCUAUGGGUUAAAAGCCCAUUAGUCAUCUGAGGAAGGGAAGGAUAUUUUCAUACAGUUAUAUUUUUUUCCUUGCAACUGUUUAUAAAUAUUUAAAAAAAUA